AUGGUGGGCCAAGCCAUUAAACCGUUUUACCAGAUGGACAAGCUUGAAAUCCCUUGCUCCGUAGAUUCAUUCAAUGCCGUCUUAACUGCUUGCAAAGAUGCGGGGAUUUUGAAAAGCUUGAAGAGAUGGAAGAGAGGCAAAUGGAGGUUACCACGAAUCAUUUACACUAUACUUAUUAAUGUUCUCUAUAAGAGCAACAACUCAGAAGAAGCUGAGAAAAUUUGGGAUGAAAUGGUGAAGGUGGGGUGCUCUCCUGAUGCUGCUGCUUACAAUCCUAGGGUUUCGUAUAUAGAUGAAAGUAAUUGCAGAAAUGGAAGCUUCAGGUGUUAUGCACAGUGUCAUCACUUACAAUUUGCUCCUGAUGUGUUACAAAAUGGAGAAAUUGAAGGGGCAAAUAGGACUUUUAAAGAGAUGGAGAAAAAGGGUUCUUCCCCAAAUGAUUUCUCGUUUACGGCAAUAUGCAGUGAUGGGGUGAUUGAAAGGGCCUUGGGUUUGUUUGAAGAUACGGUGAGAAGAGGAAUUGCUUCAAAUAACAUAUCUUAUGACAUUAUGAUAAAUGGCAUAUGUAAAACUGGGAAUAUUGAAUCUGUUCUUGAGCUUCUGAAGGAAAUACUCCAUCGUGGUUGUAUACCCGAUAUUGUAACUUAUAAUGGCCUGAUAUAUGGCCUUCGCAAAAAUGGGAGGAUGGGGGAGGCCUAG